UGUGCGCAUGCGUGCUUUGGUCCUGCCUGGGCCCGGACAACAGAAUUGGACGGUGAGAAGGGGCAGUGGUCCUCCCCGGCAUCCAACUGUACAGUGGAGGCGGAAUGCGGUGCCCGGUUGUAAGGAGCUCCCGGUAACGGCACGGGGGCUGCGGCAGGACCACACCAGAACUGAAUAUGGGUGAGAAAAAACCGGAGGCGCUGGACUUUGUCAAGGAUUUCCAGGAAUACCUCACCCAGCAAACGCACCACGUCAAUAUGAUUUCUGGCUCUGUGAGCGGAGACAAAGAGGGCGACACUUUACAAGGAGCUGGGACAGACAGCGAUCAGAAUGGGCUGGACCACCCGUCUGUGGAGGUCUCUCUGGAUGACAGCGCGGGGAUGCUGGUGGAUGGCUUUGAGCGGACAUACGACGGGAAACUAAAAUGUCGCUACUGUAACUAUGCCAGCAAGGGCACCGCUCGUCUGAUAGAACACAUACGCAUACACACAGGUGAGAAACCGCACCGCUGUCACCUAUGUCCUUUUGCAUCAGCCUAUGAGCGCCACCUGGAGGCUCACAUGCGCUCUCACACAGGAGAGAAGCCUUACAAGUGUGAGCUAUGUUCCUUCCGCUGCAGUGACCGUAGUAACCUGUCCCAUCACCGCCGCCGUAAGCACAAGAUGCUGCCCAUUAAGGGCACACGUCCCACACUUGGCAACAAGAAAAUGUGGGGUGUGCUUCAGAAAAAAGUUAGCAGCUUGGGCUACAGUCGUCGAACUCUUAUUAACCUCAGCCCACCAUCCAUGGUGGUGCACAAGCCAGACUACCUGACUGACUUCUCUCAUGAGAUCCCCAGUAUCCAGAGCGAGGCCUAUGAGAAUCUUGCCAAGGUUACACAUGGAUCUGGAGGACUGUCUAGAGAUCCACAAGAGCUCAUGGUGGAUAACCCCUUAAACCAGCUAUCUACCUUGGCAGGACAGCUUUCCAGCCUUCCACCAGAUACUCAGAACCCUGCUUCACCAGACACAGGACCAUGUCCUGACGAGAAACCGUUCAUGAUCCAGCAGCCUCCAGCGCCACCCUGUGUCUCGGCUGUCUCCACCAGCGUUCCUCAGAGCUCCUCCCCGACCAGCCCGGAUGUACGUCCGACACACAAUCAUCGGAACUGUAGCCCCAUGGCCGGCCCCAGCAGCGAGCGUAGUGGCCGGACCAGCACCCCCAGCAUUAGCAACAGCCAACCUAGCACACCAGCCCCUGCUCUGCCAGUCCAGGACCCUCAGCUUCUGCACCACUGCCAACACUGUGACAUGUACUUUGCAGACAACAUACUCUACACAAUCCACAUGGGAUGCCACGGAUUUGAAAACCCUUUCCAAUGCAACAUCUGUGGUUGCAAAUGCAAAAACAAGUAUGACUUUGCUUGCCACUUUGCUCGAGGUCAACAUAGCCAACACUGACUUCUAGUAGCCUUUAUCUUUGUAUGUCACUCUGCUCCUCAGGAGACAGUCCGUCUUAUAGAGUGCCUGUCAUUUGAGGAAUGUGUAUAGGAUGCAAGUAUAAAUAUAUAUGUCUCUCA